AAAGAAACUUGUGAAAAAUUGUUUACAAAACUUUCGUAUUUACUUAAAGCUAAAAUUUUAGCGAAAAGUAAAAAAGAAAUGAAGAUUCUAAUACAAAAACUGAUCAUUCUAUUGAUUUGUAUUGCCGGUACUCGAAGUGAAUGUGAUGUAUGCCAAAAUAGCAAUUAUGUGGCCUGUCAUAAGGAAAAUCAAUAUUCUUUAUGUAUUAAUGGAGUACCUACCGAAGAUUUCAUAACAUGUCCUGAGAAUCAUGUUUGCACACCCGAUCCUUAUGUCUGUUAUCCCCUGCCCGAGGCUAAACCAAGUUGUAUUCGAGAUACGAAUCUGUGUGGUGUGUGCAGCGAGAAUAAGGUUUAUGCCUGUAUAAAUGAAACUACAAUUGCUUUUUGCUAUGGCGAAGAUAAACCAGUCGAAGGAGCAGAAUUUUCGUAUUGUUUGGGAGAUACUGUUUGCGAUAUUUACAGUGUGAAGGGAUUUUGUACUGAAAGUUAUUUGGUUAAGCCAAGCUGUGUAACGGCUCCCAAUAAUGACUAUGAUGAUGAAGAUCAUGUAACAACAACUACAACUAUGCAGCCAACUACUACCACAACAAUCGAACCAACAACCACUGCAACAGAACCAACUACAACAACUACGGAAACAACCACUACUACUGAAGAGACAACUACUACCACAACAACUGAACCAACUACAACAACAACUGAAUCUACAACCACAACUACUGAGCCAACUACUACAACAACUGAACCGACAACUACUACCACAACAACUGAACCAACUACAACAACCACAGAGCCAACAACUACCACAACAACAACUGAACCAACAACUACAACCACAGAGCCAACUACAACAACCACAGAGCCAACUACAACAACUACAGAGCCAACAACAACUGAACCAACAACUACAACCACAAAGCCAACAACUACCACUACAACAACUGAACCAACAACUACAACCGAACCAACAACUACCACCACAACUACUGAACCAACCACGACAACUACAGAGCCAACAACUACAACCGAACCAACAACAACUACCACAACAACAGAACCAACAACAACUGAGCCAACAACUACAACCGAACCGACAACUACCACCACAACUAAAGAACCAACCACGACAACUACAGAGCCAACUACUACAACCACAACAACCGAACCAACAACUACGACAACAACAACUGCUCCGUCUGGCCCAAUUGACCCGGAAAAAUUUUGCAAAGAUGCUGCAACGACUGGAUCCUUUUAUGCGGGUGAUCCAACAUGCACUACUUUCGUAGUCUGUUAUAUGAUGGAUGGCACAAUCGCUGCCUUGGGUAAGAAAUGCCCUAGAAACCAAUAUUUCCCACCAGGAGCUAAAAUGUGUUCAGCAAAUAAACCAGAUAUUUGUGUAUAAUGUUUGAAAAUUAUAAAUCUUCUUGUUUAAAUAUAUUGUAUAUUAAAUUUA